AUGGCAAUCUCACUUAUCACACCAGACAAGACCGAGAGAUUGCUCUAUCGGUCUUCAAUACGAUUAUCGGGCGACUUCCCAAGAGCCAAGAAGUCAGGGACAAAAAGAGCUGUAGCAGUAGCCGGUGCCUCAGCCGUACCUCACCGCCAAAGCAAGUUCAAGUCAAGAUCGGGCGUCUCGGAGGGCGUGUCAAGAAGCGAUGCGGACUCUGUCCGGGACGAGACGACAAAGACAGGGGUGUUUCUUCGAUCUCGAAAACCCAGGAACCAGCCGAGAACGGCGCAAAGAGGAGUCGACAUAGUAGACGCCUUACCAAAGACGUGUAAGCGCGUUGACGCUAGGGUCGGUACCUGGACAGAGCAUGCAGGCGCCGCUAUCUUUAUCUCUAUCAAUUGGGAGGACUCGCUAUCUCUGCCCUGGGCUCUAUCUCUGGUGCCCCCAGCUCAGCUCUGCUGCUAUCUCUAUCUCUUGUCUCUCAUUGUGUGUCGCGCCUCUAUCUAUGCCCGUACCAUACCAGGAGAUCUGCAACAAAUUGUCCCACGCCCAGGACAUCCAUGGCGUUUUUUGGCUCAUGGAGACAGACCCGCGGCCGGCAUGGGUAUGGGUAUGGAUAUGGAUAUGGAUUUGGCGUUGGGUUGA